UGGUGUAGAACACGGGAUACCUUCGUAUCGUGCUUAUAAACAACAACAAAGAAGUGUUAAAUUAUAACUUUUAUUGAUUUUAAUUAGAAAGCCAAAAUUUACCCAAGACAAAGUGUGUCCAAUUGUUAUUAUCGUAUUUGAGUAAUUAUAUGUAUAAAACACAAGAAAGAGAAUCAAAACAAAAAAGUAUGUAAAUAAAUUGACGCUGACUGCGGAGGAGUUCUAAGACAUACAAAGAUGGAUACAACCUUAUAGCAAAUAGAGCACAAAGUGUAGUUAAAUAGCUUUAAGUGAAUCAAUUGUGAUAAUAAUCCAAAAAAAAGUAGAAUAGCACAAAAAUGCUUCAAUUAUCGAUACAGAACCAAGAAACAAGCGUUUCGAACCUAGCACGGACCUUAUGGACCAUAGUCAUUCUCUUAUUACCCACCAGCCAAGCCAAAUCAUUUUUCAAUUAUGACCAUCAACUGCAUCAGUACGCUGUUGACGCAACUACAGAAACGGCGCAGCCGCCACUUACAACAACAGAGGCGACAACGCGCGACAUCGUAAUUGGUCCCUGUCGUUGGGUUAUCGGACGCAAAUGCCCCGACCAGGAUGUACGCUUCUACUUGUAUACUCGUCGUAAUCCUGUGGAUCGUCAAAGUUUGCACAUCGAUGAAACGCUGGAUAAGUCCAAUUUGACCAAUUCAUAUUUUAAUCCUCGUUAUCAGACAAAGAUUAUCAUACAUGGUUAUAAUGCGGAUAUGUUUAUGGGUACAUUGCAGCAGUUGCGCCGAGAAUAUUUACUACGGGAUGAAUACAACAUUAUCUAUGUGGAUUGGGCCAUAUUGGCACCGGGCCCGUGCUAUUUGAGCGCCGUACACAAUACCAAACAUGUGGGAGCUUGUGUAGCACAAUUGGUUGAGCGCAUUUUGGAAAUGGGCACUACGGAUAUGCACGUCGUAGGAUUCUCAUUGGGCGCACAGCUAUCGAAUUAUAUUGCGCGUAACCUGGGCUCUUUUCAGCUGCCGAGAAUAACUGGUCUCGAUCCUGCCAUGCCGCUUUUCAUCACCGCCGGCAUCAAUGAUAAAUUGGACCCCAGCGACGCCGUCUUUGUGGAUGUGAUACAUACGAAUGCCUUUGUGCAAGGCAAAAUAGAGCGUUGUGGACAUGCGGAUUUUUACAUGAAUAACGGCAUCAUGCAACCCGGCUGCAACAAAGCGGGCACAAAUCCCUUUGCCUGCAGCCAUCAACGUGCCGUCGAAUAUUUUCAAGAGUCGAUACGUUCACGCAAAGGUUUUUGGGGCUGGGCUUGCAGCUCGUACAUCUCAUAUUUGCUGGGCAUGUGCCCGCAAACGAAUUACUUACACGAGGCCGGCGAAAAUAUAAAAACCAGCACGAAGGGCAUGUUUCUGGUCGAUACCAAUGAUACAGCGCCUUACGCUUUAGGCAAAUGGACCGAUUUGCCAACGUUGGGUAAACAAAAGCCCGCAGUGACUAAGGGACCUGUCACAAUCACCUUACCGCCUGCAGGAAAUUUCCGCGAUCCAUUGUUGCGUCAAAUCGAUCAAUGGAAUAAAUUGGAUACGAAUUUCAAUAAUGUCGAACAUUCGCCAACGCCAUUUUCUCAAGAUCCUAUUGGUGAAAAUUGGACAUAUUUUAGUGGCGCUGGCACGGGUGAUAUAACCGAUGGCUUGAAGGAUGCAAAUGAUCACGUUCAGAAUUCUGUGGAGGAAGAAAGUGUGGCGGAUGUGCAGAAAGUGGACGAGACGCAUGUGGAAUGGCAGGAAUAUCGUCGAAAUUUGACUGUUGGCUAUAUAGAAAACAGUAUUUUCAAAGUGCCUCAUAUUGAAGGUGAAGAAUUGAAUGGUAAUAGGUUACGGCGACAGCCUCGUGUAAAUGAUGAAUAAAACGAAGAGAAAUAGAAA